CCGUCGAUUCCCGCGGCCUUGGGAACUCGGCGCUGGCGGCCCAAGUGGCUCUGUCUCAGGCCAGCGCCGCUCUUGCGUUGCGACGAGUCCCCGGUCCCCUGGUCCCCGAGUCCAUGGAUGGGUCCCAGAGUGUCCGGGUCGCCGAGUCUGAGUCCCUCACUCUGAGUUGGUGGCUGCAUUGAGCAGCAGCAACACCAACAACAAGGCAGCGCAGAGCGGGCCUGCAGGUGGCGGUGGCGCGUGGUGCAGGCCGCGUCAUGGCGGGCCGAGGCCUGCAACUCACGCUGGCACUCCUGAAACCAGACGCGUUGGCGCACGGCAUUGCCUGGGAGGCUGUGCACCAGGACGUUUUAAAGAACAAGUUUUUAAUAGUGAAAUCCAAAGAGUUAAAAUUGAAGAGAAGGGAUUCGGAGUGCUUCUAUGCAGCGCAUAAGGGGAGAUUCUUUUUUCAACGAUUGGUGGAGUUUAUGGCAAGUGGGCCGAUACGGGUGUACGUCCUGGCACACCACGAUGCGGUGCGAGCCUGGCGGGAGCUCAUGGGACCCACGAAGGUGUUCCGUGCCGUCCACACCGCUCCAGAAAGCAUCCGUGCAUGCUAUGGCCUCACCGACACGCGCAACACCACCCACGGCUCCGAUUCUUCUGCAUCAGCGCUUCAAGAGAUUUCUUUUUUCUUUCCGGAGUUUGAUGUGGCCUGCUGGUUUAACACGUGGGAACCAGCAUUUCGAGCAGGAUGCGUUUCUUACCAUCCGAAAUUGUGUGUACACCUGCCGUUACAUGCUUAAUGUGCACCAUAUGGACUGGUACCACACUUGACUCUUGUCAUUAAAUAUUUCAUCUUAUAGAGAUCAA